GAUUACCACUUCGAGUACACAGAGUGCGACAGCAGUGGCUCCAGAUGGAGGGUGGCUGUCCCGAAUCCGUCGGUGGAGUGCUCUGGACUACCUGACCCGGUGAAAGGGAAGGAAUGCACUUUCUCCUGUGCCUCUGGUGAGUACCUGGAGAUGAAGAACCAGGUGUGCAGCAAAUGUGCAGAGGGGACAUACUCGCUGGGCAGCGGGAUCAAGUUUGAUGAGUGGGAUGAGCUGCCGGCAGGAUUCUCCAAUGUGGCAACUUUCAUGGACACGGCGGUUGGCUCAACUGAGAAUAAAGCCAACAGCUGCAACAACUCUUCGUGGACACCUCGAGGGAAUUACAUAGAGUCGAACAGGGAUGAUUGUACAGUUUCUCUCAUCUACGCUGUGCACCUGAAGAAAUCCGGUUCUGUCUUCUUUGAAUACCAAUAUAUUGACAACAACAUCUUCUUUGAAUUUUUUAUACAAAAUGACCAGUGCAAAGAGAUGGAGUCCGUGGCAGACAAGUGGGUGAAGCUAACAGACAACGGGGAAUGGGGCUCUCAUUCUGUAACUCUGAAAUCAGGUAGCAAUAUAUUAUACUGGAGAACAACAGGGAUUCUCAUGGGGUCCAAAGCAGUAAAACCAGUUCUGGUGAAAAACAUCACGAUUGAAGGAGUUGCAUAUACAUCUGAAUGCUUUGCAUGCAAGCCUGGUACCUUCAGUGACAAACCAGGUUCAUCUGGCUGCCAGGUGUGUCCAAGAAAUACUUAUUCUGAGAAAGGAGCUAAAGAGUGCACCAAGUGUAAAGAAGAAUUGUAUUAUGCAGACGAGGGGUCCAAUGCAUGUAUAGAGCGUCCUCCAUGCACAAACAAAGACUUUUUCCAGAUCCAUACCCCAUGUGAUAAGGAAGGAAAAACUCAGAUCAUGUACAAAUGGAUUGAACCCAAGAUCUGCAGAGAGGAUCUCCCUGAUGCACUGACCCUGCCUCCUUCUGGAGAGAGGAAGGAUUGUCCACCCUGCAAUCCUGGCUUUUACAACAAUGCCUCAUCUUCCUGUACUCCUUGCCCACCAGGCACAUUUUCGGAUGGGACACAGGAGUGCAAAGCCUGCCCUGCUGGGACUGAACCAGCUCUUGGGUUUGAGUACAAGUGGUGGAACAUCCUGCCAGGCAACAUGAAGACAUCUUGCUUUAAUGUUGGCAACUCAAAGUGUGAUGGGAUGAACGGUUGGGAGGUGGCUGGUGAUCACAUCCAGAGUGGGGCAGGAGGCUCUGACAAUGACUAUCUUAUAUUGAACCUGCACAUCCCGGGAUUUAAACCUCCGACAUCGGUGACAGGAGCAACUGGGUCAGAACUAGGACGGAUUACUUUUAUUUUUGAGACCAUCUGUUCAGCAGAUUGCGUGCUGUACUUUAUGGCGGAUGUUAAUCGAAAAAACACUAAUGUGGUGGAAUCAUGGGAAAGAAGUAAAGAGAAACAAUCCUACACUCACAUCAUCUCCAAAAACGCUUCCUUCACGUUCACCUGGGCCUUUCAGAGAAUAAAUGAGGGCCAAGACAGCAGACAGUUCAUCAAUGACAUGGCAAAGAUCUACUCCAUCACCGUGACCAACGCAGUGGAUGGAGUUGCCUCUUCUUGCCGGGCCUGUGCGCUGGGGUCUGAGCAGUCUGGCUCAUCCUGCGUGCCCUGCCCGGCGGGACACUACAUCGAGAAGGAGACGAGCCAGUGCAAGGAGUGUCCGGCCAACACCUUCCUGUCCAUCCACCAGGUCUAUGGCAGGGAGGCCUGCAUCCCAUGUGGGCCUGGCAGCAAAAGCACCAAGGACCACUCUGCCUGCUUCAGUGACUGCCUGGUGUCAUACAUAAAGGAUAACCACAGCCUGAGUUAUGAUUUUAGCAACCUCAGCCAGGUGGGCUCGUUGAUGAGUGGACCCAGCUUCACCUCCCGAGGGACCAAGUUCUUCCACUUCUUUAACAUCAGCCUGUGUGGGAAUGAGGGGAGGAAAAUGGCUAUUUGCACUGACAAUAUUACAGAUGUUACUCUGAAAGACAUGGUUGCAGAAUCAGAAGAUUUUUCCAACUUUGUGGGAGCGUUUGUCUGCCAGUCCACCAUCAUCCCAUCAGACAGCAAGGGUUUCCGGACAGCCCUGGCUCUGCAGUCCAACAGCCUUGCCGACAGGUUCUUAGGAGCUACUGUUGAAACAACACUGGAAAAUAUCAGCAUCAAGACAGACAUGUUUCCUCCCUCUCCAAGCAAAAUACCUGAUGUGCAUUUCUUUUACAAGUCUUCAACAGUGACAACCUCCUGUGAAAAUGGCCGUGCAACUGUUGUGACAAUGAGAUGCAACCCCAACAAACCAGACCAAGGAGAGCUAUCUGUGCCCAGCUCAUGCCCUGCGGGCACUUGCGACGGAUGCACUUUCUACUUUGUGUGGGAAAGUGCAGAAGCUUGCCCUCUCUGCACGGAGCAAGACUACCAUGAGAUUGAGGGAGCCUGCAAAAAAGGAUUUCAGGAAACCUUGUAUGUAUGGAAUGAUCCAAAGCAUUGCAUUAAAGGGGUUCCCUUGCCAGAAAAAAGGACCAGCACUUGUGAAACGGUGGACUUCUGGCUAAAAGUUGGAGCUGGUGUUGGUGCUUUCACAGCUGUUCUGCUGAUAGCCUUGACCUGCUAUUUUUGGAAGAAGAACCAGAAGCUGGAGUAUAAAUAUUCCAAAUUAGUGAUGACAGCCAACUCAAAAGAGUGUGAGCUGCCAGCUGCUGACAGCUGUGCUAUAAUGGAAGGAGAAGAUAAUGAAGAAGAAAUAGUAUAUUCAAAUAAGCAGUCACUGCUGGGGAAGCUCAAGUCCUUGGCAACAAAGGAAAAGGAAGAUCAUUUUGAAUCUGUUCAGCUGAAAUCUUCAAGAUCCCAGAAUAUAUGAAGAACUAAUGCUGCCUUCAAAGAUACAAACCUAAUUUCUAUUUUUACAGGACCAUAUUUUAAACAUAUUCUGGCACACAUUGUAGUGGUGAUCUUGGUGAGAAAUGCUCGACCAUUUAGGAGGAAAGAAGACAGGAAGCAAACCAGAAAAUUGGAUUGCCUUACCAUGUGAUUGAGUACCUUGCCAAAAAAGAAAGCAGACGCUUGGAUUCCAUACUGGGAAUGAAAUUCAACUCAGGAAGAGAUAUACAUACUGCAAAUAACGUGAAUUUUUUGCAUUCACCUGGGCAUCACUCAGGCAUGCCAUAUGAUUUAUAGGUACCUUUCAUUUCCUAUCACUCCUUCUACGCAUAAGAAAUGAUUUUCAGAGAGGCUUGAAACCUCCUGCAAAGGAUGUGUAUUGUCCUUUAGUAGCAUAACUAUGAGUCUCUCUCAAAAUCAAACUUGUGAAUGGUACUCGGAAUGAGCCUCAGGUGAGUUUUGAACUUCAGAAAAUAUUUUUGAUUUUAAUGCUUUGAAGGGCCGAAUGGUCGGUGUUGGCCUCUAAUACAAGAGGCACGGUGUUGCACUUGCACGCUGAACCCGUUCUGAUGUCUAAGUCAUGGCCAUCGGGGUUGGGGUAAAACUUGGUGCUGUUGAAUUUUAAUGUGUUAACUGCUGUUGUAUGAACUGUAGGUCUGGGCCC